AUGUUUCAUUUGAAUAAUCCCAUUCCAAGAGGCUUGGAAAACGAGUCGAAGAAAGCUGCGAAUGUCUUGGCCAGUUUCGUGAAACCCAACCAGGUUCUCGGUCAAGAUAGUGUCAUUCCGCCUUCUAUCUUGAAGGAGGCAAGGGGUCUAGCCAUUAUUACCGUUUUGAAGGCAGGCUUUCUGUUUUCUGGUAGAGCAGGUUCAGGCGUCAUCGUAGCGAGGUUACCCAACGGCGAAUGGUCCGCUCCCUCUGCGAUUGGAAUGGCUGGUGCUGGUGCUGGUGGUCUGGUGGGUGCCGAAUUAACGGAUUUUGUCUUCAUUUUAAAUAAUGAUGAAGCUGUGAGGUCAUUUUCUGAAUUUGGUACAAUCACUUUGGGUGGUAACAUAUCCGUAUCUGCAGGCCCACUUGGAAGAAAUGCAGAAGCAGGUGCAUCUGCUUCGGUAGGUGGUAUUGCUGCUGUUUUUUCCUAUUCUAAAAGUAAGGGUCUGUUUGCCGGUGUAUCUGUCGAAGGUUCUAUGAUUGUAGAGAGGAGAGAAACUAAUAGAAAAGCUUACGGUGAUAACUGUACUACAAAGAUGAUUCUUGCGGGGAUGGUACAACCUCCUCGUGGUUCAAACGCCUUAUAUAGGAUUCUGGAAUCAAGGGCUUUUAACUAUACUGGCGAUUAUGACAGAGACGAUUUCUACGAUGAUAUACCAAAUGACUUAAAUGGGGAGCUGCCACCAAAAUCAAAUCGUUACCGUGGCGAUAGCUAUAUUGAUGAUGAUAAUUAUUAUGAUCACAGAGGUCACAGAGAUAGACUUUCUCCCAGAAGAGGGGUUGCCUCUCCACCAGCGUCAUCUCGCAAAUAUGCAACUGAUGAGAUAAAUGAUGAUGAAACAUAUGAACAUCGUGGUGGUCGUGCAGAAAGGAGGACAAAGGAAACAGCUACCAACACUGAUGACGAGGAGCUUUAUGAACAUCGUGGACAACAUUCAGACCAUCUACCUCAAUUGUCUGACAAAAAUCAAAGUGGUAUGAAAGCUGUUGCAUUAUAUAACUUUGGGGGCAAAGAGGAGGGUGAUCUCAUUUUCAAGAGAGGUGACAUUAUUGCAAUAGUAAAAAGAUCUGAUUCUCAAUACGAUUGGUGGACGGGCAACUUAAAUGGAAAAGAAGGACUAUUCCCUGCAAACUAUGUUGAAAUCAUUUAA